UCCAUGCGCUAAUCAGCUGAUGCGCCGCAGCCGCCCACAUUUAAAAGCGGCUGCGCAGAGCUGCGGUCCGCAGUCAGCAUGCCUCCAUUCGACAGAACCCCGCAGCAGAACAAACCGUUCAAACAGAGGAAGAGCUUCGCUACAAGGAGACAUGAGGUGGCGGGAAUCAGGUCCAAAUUCCCCAAUAAAAUCCCGGUGAUCAUUGAACGCUACGAGAAGGAAAAGUACCUCCCUCCACUGGACAAAACAAAGUUCCUGGUGCCGCACGAACUCACCAUGACCCAGUUCGUCACCAUCAUCAGGAACCGGAUGGCGUUGUUGCCCAGUCAGGCCUUCUACCUACUCAUAAACAACAGCGGGUUGGCCAGCAUGUCCCUCACCAUGGCUCAGGUGUACAAGGACCACCAGGAUGAGGACGGCUUCCUCUACAUGACGUACGCCUCUCAGGAGAUGUUUGGACACUGACUGGACUUCACCUUUAGGGUUUUAUUCUCAGGCUGCUGGGCUGAAUCUUUUGUAAAUAGAAAAUAUUUUUAUAGAUUGUAACACUUGUUCUACGUGUUGAAUGUAAAAUGGAGUUUUAGUGUUGAUCCAAUAAAUGUUUAAUUUGAAUGUAAAUGGGUGCUGCUGGCUCUGGUGGGAAGUUUGUUCUGCUUUAAGGCUGCAGCAGGUGAAUAAAGUGGUGGUGCAUGCAGGAUUAAUGCAAAACAA